UCCAUUUGUUUUUUGAUGCAUUUGGAGUUGAAUUUGUCAAAUAUUUCAGAUAUUUUAUCAUAGCCAAUUCUUUAUUGGAGUUGUUGUUAGCGAAGACUAAUGAUUCCACCAUCUCUGGGUUAAAAUAUAUGAAAGAGAGUUCUUCACUACAAAUACGCUAAUACACAAUCAUAUACCUGUCUCCAGUAUAGCCCCUUUGAAGAUCAAGAAUUUUCCUGAGAUUGUGUUGGAGUUUCAGCGACGCAGCAACCAAUGAAGUCUAUUGAGGAGCUGUUGAAGGAGACGAAGGAGCGAUUGGAAGCUACAGAAGAAGAACGAGAUCGAGUUGUCGAUGAGCUUCAAGAGAUGAAAAGGUUGGCUCAAGAUGCCAACAUGAUGCUUAGUGAAAAACAAAUGUCCUCCAGGAAGGUUGCAGAUUUGUAUACGGAAAUCAAUUUGUUAAAUGAAUCAUUGACUGAAGAAUUGACAAUCAAAGAAAAAUAUAUUGAACUGUUGAAAGCUGAACUUGGGAAGGAAAAAAGAGAAUUGCAGGAGAAAUUGGUUGAGAAAGAUGCCUCGCUGGUUGAAUUAAGAAGGUCAUUGAGUAAAUUGAAAUCGUCUGAGGCUCAUACCAUUACUUUGUUAUCUGAGAGUAAGAAAAGGUUUCAGGAAUUGCAGAAGGAGCUCGAAAAAGGGAAGGAAUCAGAAAAAAAGAUGGUUGAUUCCUUUGCUGCACAAACCAAACAGCUUGAACAAACAAAAAUUGUGCUUGAAGAAUCAAAGCUUGAAAUAGACUCUCUUCGCAAGAAGUUCAAAAAACAGCUUUCAUCCAGGAAUGGAGGAGGUCUUAAUGCAUCUCAAGAUGGGCUUGAGGAUUCGAAAGGAACAUCAGAUAUUCUCAAGUUUGAGCUUCUAUCACCAAGAGAGAACGAAAGAGUUUCGUCGUUAAAGGUCAAAAAUCUACUUCAGGAGCUGAGCAUAUUGAAGAAUGAUCUGAAGUUGGCUACGGAGGCAGAAGAGACCAACAAGAAGGCUAUGGAUGAUUUAGCAUUAGCCCUAAAAGAAGUCACUUCAGAGUCUAUCCAGGUGAAGGAAAAACUCGCUAAAACACAAGCUGAGCUUGCAGACGCAAAAGCGGAGGCUGAACAAAUGAAGUUGAAGCUGAAAAGCAUGGAGGGCGAGCACAAAGCUCAAUUGGACGGGCUGAAGAAAGAAGCUGAGCUCCACAAAAACACAAUAGAUAGAUUGAGAGCGGAAGCUGAAGAGUCCCUUUUGGCAUGGAGUGGGAAAGAAAGUUGCUUUGUGGGUUGUAUCAGAAGAGCAGAAGAUGAAAGGGACCUUGCACGAGAAGAGAAUCUUAAACUGCUUGAGUCCCUUAGAAUAUCCGAGAACAUGACCAAGGCGGCAAAGCAAGAGAAUGGCCGAUUGCGCGAUGUACUAAAACAGGCCUUAAAUGAAGCUAAUGUUGCAAAAGAAGCAGCUGGGAUCGCAAGAGAAGAAAACUCUCAGCUUAAAGAUGCCUUGCAGGAGAAGGAAGAAGCCUUAGAUUUUGUAAACAGAGAGAAUGAGAACCUGAAAAUGAAUGAAGCCGCAGCUCUGGAAAGUAUCAAGGAGUUGAAGCGCUUGCUUUGUGAAGCAUCAGCAAAAGAUGAUAAAGAGCAAAGUCAGAAGUUAAAGAAACAAAAUUCAAUGGAUAAGGAGCAAAAUAAAGAUGGCAAAACAUUGCUGGAGGUUUUUGGUAUCAAUCUAAAGGAGCUGAAAAUCCCGACUAAACAGGGAGAAGAAAUUUCAAAUAAAGAUGUAGAUUACAAAAAUGACAGUUCAGUUCCGAACCUUAACCUUGAUAAGGUUGACGACCCUCUUUUAGGCUCAAUAUUUGAUAUAUUUACACCAGGAUCAGCAGUCCAUCGUCGCAAAAAUUCUUCAGCUUUUACAGAUGAAGGUGUAUUUUCAGAUAAUCAGGGUGACAAUAUAGAUGGAACACAUGGUGAUGAUUUGGAGGGAGAUAAAAACACAAGAAAAAAGAAGGCUUUGAUUCGGAAAUUUGGAGACUUGUUAAUGAGACGAGGUUAUCACAAAAAAGAACCAUCAUCAUCAGAAAUGAAAAAAGAACCACAAAACCAAUAA